UCUAUGGGUUGGACUCCCUUACUAACAAAGUGUUCUGUUAGCGCGAAUCGGCCAACAAGCUGAUAUAAAAUAUUCAGAUAGUUAUUACGGCCAACUCACAGCGGACGUUAUAUGAAACCUACAUCAUGCUGACCACUACUUGUUUAAGGGCAACGCUCUACUGGAUACUUGUCAUUCAAACGUUACAAAACGGGACAACAAUAAAAACGAACAUCAUAGAAAAAACGCCUGUGGGUAAAGACUCGCAUCUAGAUGAAAUUAGUUGGGAAAGAAAUUACACGGCAGAUCAUCCAUGCCAUUUCGAACUUGGGAUAUGCAAUUAUCUUAUUCCUUUCGAUGUCAGUUGUCAGGUCAACUUUUCCAAUGUAAACAAAUUAAUCGGCUCCUGGAAAUUCGAAAGAUUAUCGAUUGAGGCAGACGCAAACACAUUCUUCCCCGACAACAGCAUCCCCGAAACAAAUUACCUGCGGAUAACCUCAGCAGGUGCAACACUUAGUGCCUUUGCCUGGAAAAAAUCAAAAAAAUCUCUAAAGUAUUUAAAUUUGAAAGGUGUUACUCUCAGCAAUGCUACCGCUUCUUUUGAAAUUUUGACAGAGUUCAUAGAGGUACAUAUUUCUAAUUCGUCACUAAAUGGGCAGUCAGAUCUUAAGAUCAACAAGUUAGAGAAUUAUCUGUAAAUCUUUAAAACCCGACUGCAUAAAAUGCCUAAAAUUUACAAUGUUAGAAAUCUUUAUGAAGUAGAAUUUCUUAACGAUUCCUUAACGCGAAUCGAGAACUUUCCAGAAAGUAAUAUACUUAACAAAGUGGAAUUGAGUAAUAACCAAAUAUCAGAAAUUACAAACAUACCCAAUUCGACCUUUGAUCUCCGCCUCAAUAAAAACCAAAUCUCAGAGCUAAAGGGGUUGCCAGAUCAGUUAGGUAUUUUGUUCAUAUCACAUAACAAAAUCUCACAAAUAAAAAACAUACCAGCCUCAGUCAUUCUUUUAAUUUUGGAUCACAACAACGUCAAGGCCAUAAGCGCGGACAGUUUCCCGAAAGACUCCAAACUAAAUCACUUGUCUGUAAGUAACAACAAACACAACAACAUGACUGUUUCAGCAACUGCGUUUAAAAACACACCACAUCUAGAAGUAAUAUCCUUCUCAAACAUGACCUUUACCGCUCCCUUAGAAACAUUCACCGUUUUAA